CCGCUGCUGCUGCUGAGGGAAGAAGUGUUGUUGUGGCGUCGUCCCUCAAUAACACAGUGAGAGUAGCAACAGAAAAAAAAGCGGGAGUUCAAAAUCCGCGUACUUUGUGUUAGGUUUGACACAGAGAUGGCACCCAAAUUUAAAUUUCAAGAAAAUGAGAAGGUUUUGUGCUUUCACGGACCGCUUCUAUACGAAGCUAAAUGCAUCCGCUCGCAGUGCAAAGAUAAGCAGAUCAAGUACUUCGUCCACUACUCGGGUUGGAACAACAAGUGGGACGAAUGGGUCCCCGAAAGUCGAGUUUUGAAAGUGAACGAGGCCAACCUACAGAAGCAGGCAGACCUCCAGGCAGCCCAGCAGAAGGCUCGGAAAGAGAACAAGAAGAACAAGAAGGAUGCCGAUAAGAGAGACUCCAGCGUUGCGGUCAAAGAUACGAGCAAGAAAGAGAAGGAGACGUCAUCCAAAGAUGAGACGAGCGCCAAGAAAGACGUGAAGGAAAAAGAAAGAACGACCAAUGCCAGUGGCAAGAAGCGUGAGAGCCUCCCCGCUGCCGGCAAGGAGAAGGCCGGGACGUCGGCGGAUGAACCGAAGAAGAAGAAGAAUAAAGUUGAUCCUCACGUCGAGUCCGAGGAGCAUUACACACAGAAGAUUGAGGUGAAGAUAAAGAUACCGGAUGAUCUCAAGAACAGACUCGCCGACGACUGGGACCUCAUCUGGCGUCAGAAGAAACUCGUCAAGCUGCCUUGCGAGUACACGGUGGAGAGAAUUCUCAACGAGUAUCUGACGCAGAAGAUUUCUGUGAAGGGCACGACGAUCAGUAAAGAAACUGCUGUCACAGAGCUCACAGGCGGCAUCCGCGAUUACUUUAAUUCGAUGCUGGGCAAACACCUGCUUUAUAAGUUUGAGCGUCCCCAGUACGCUCAAAUUCUUGAGCAGCACAAGGACAAAAAGAUGUCGGAAAUCUACGGAGCUAUCCAUCUUCUUCGCAUGUUCUCGCUGCUCGGUCGCUUCUUGGCCUACACUCCUCUGGACGAGAAGAACGUUCAACUGUUGCUCACACAUCUCCACGAUUUUCUGCGUUUUGUUUGCCGGAACGACCAGUACUGCAGUAUGUGCGAGUACGCUAUUGCGUCGCCUGACUAUCAUAGGAGAGCGAUGUGAGACCUGACGUGGUGAAGGUCUUCUCCGGAGCUCUCCCGUAGCUGAUACAGGAAAUCAGAAUUUGACAAACUCAUGCGAGCCUUGAAAUUAUUUCUGCUGGAGCAGCAGCAG